AUGGUUAAAGCAUUCUACGACUUGAUACGAUCGGCACCGAAGGGUCGUUGGAGUGGAAUUAAAAGGAACUAUGGACCUGAAAAUGUUAAUCGACUACGCAGUGGACUUCAGAUUGAAUACACUUUAGCGACAAAUGGAGCAAACAAACUGUGGAAGUUGUUACAAGAAGAACCGUAUGUUCAUGCACUCGGCGCUAUCACGGGGAAUCAAGCAAUGCAAAUGGUUCGCGCUGGCUUGAAUGCAAUUUAUUUGUCAGGAUGGCAAGUUGCUGCAGAUGGAAAUACAGCCGGAUCUAUGUAUCCAGAUCAAAGUCUUUAUCCAGCCAAUUCUGGACCAGAAAUGACUCGUCGAAUCAAUAGAACUUUGGAACGAGCUUCACAAAUCGAAAAUUCAGAAGGCGGAGUAAAACGUGAUUGGUUUGUUCCAAUUGUUGCCGAUGCCGAGGCUGGAUUUGGAGGUCCGUUGAACUGUUUUGAAAUCAUGAAAGCUUACAUUGAAGCUGGCGCUGCUGGAGUUCAUUUUGAAGAUCAAUUGGCUUCGGAGAAAAAAUGUGGACAUUUGGGUGGAAAGGUUUUAAUUCCAAACAGUGCUCAUUUGAGAAAUCUGAAUGCGGCUCGUUUAGCGGCAGAUGUUUGCGGAGUCCCAACGGUUAUCGUCAGCCGAACAGACGCCGAGUCAGCAACACUUUUGACUUCAGAUAUCGACGAACGAGAUCGAGAAUUCAUCGACAUUCAAGCUGGUCGAACUCCAGAAGGAUUUUUUCGUUUAAAAAAAGGAACUGGCUUGAAACAUUGUAUCAAGAGGGGAAUCAGUUCAGCGCCAUUUACGGAUCUUCUUUGGUGGGAAACAUCAACACCAAACUUACAAGAUGCAAAAGAAUACGCAGAGGCGAUACAAAAGGAAUUCCCGGGGAAAAUGAUGGCUUACAAUUGUUCUCCUUCGUUCAACUGGCGAGCAAAUUUGAGUCCAGAAACAAUUUCAAAAUUCCAGACUGAACUCGGAGCCAUGGGAUACAAAUUUCAAUUUAUUACGCUAGCUGGUUUCCAUUCGGUAAACUUUGGAAUGUUCGAACUUGCGCGAAAAUACAAAGAUCGGGGCAUGGCUGCCUAUUCAGAACUUCAACAGGCAGAAUUCGAAGCGGAGAAAAAUGGGUACACAGCCGUUCGUCACCAGCGUGAAGUCGGAACUGGAUAUUUCGAUUUAGUGGCCAUGGCUGUUACAGGAGGAAAAGCAAGCACAACCGCCUUGUCUGAAUCUACUGAGACCAUGCAAUUCAAGAAACAAGUACAAUCAAUCCCUGUGAGCAGUGCGCCGAUUCGUUUCCAAACGACCAUCAAACCGACGAAUGUUACCAGAAUUUCUCCAUAA